AUGGAACACGAUUGGGGCGAGACUGCCCGGUUGACACCAUUCCCGAGCGCUUCGAAUACCUCGCCGUCUAAUAUAUGCGCGUUCGCAUUUGAUAGUUUUCAAGAAUUACUCUGGGUGGGAAAUUUGAGAGGUAUAAUCACCUCCUUUCAUGGCUUAGAACAACAGAAAUACACAUCCUAUCGCGGGCAUAGCAAUACGUCUCAUGUCAGACAGAUACUGUUGUGCGAGCAAGGCGUGAUAUCGAUCGCCGCCGAAAGCGUUCAUCUCGCGAAUCGCCGGGGUGUUACGCAAUGGCAUCUCCAAGGCAGCGACAUAGCUGAUCUCAAUUGCAUGGCCUUUACCAGCCGUGAUUCCUCCGAAAUUGUGGUUGGUUCACGUCAAGGUGUACUCCUACGGAUCGAUGUCGACAAGGGUACUGUACUUGACGUCGUCAGAUCGACAGUGCCUAUACCAUACAAUCUCAUGAAACUUGCCGGUCAGCAUGUCGGAGCCGCCACUAGCGAUGGAUCUAUCUAUCUGCUCAAUCCGAAGACUUUGACUGUUGUCCAUAGUUGGAAGGCAUACUCUGGUAGUGUGAACGAUCUAGACGCGCGAGGGGACUAUCUGGUCACUUGUGGCUGGAUUCACUUGCCAUACACAGGGCUUGCACCGGAGAGACUUGUGCGGGUAUACGAUCUUAAGAACCAGAAACCUGGACCACUGGUUGCCUUCCUCCCCGGGGCUGCAUAUGUGCGCUUGCAUCCCAAACUCUCUUCUACCUGCAUCGUGGUAUCUCACAGUGGCUCGAUUCAUUCCAUCGACAUCCAAAACCAAGACUCGCCUACAAUGAGAUAUGCGAAUGUCUACGACGGACAAAUAUCUGGACUGGAACUCAUGCCUUCAGGCCGAGGCUUCGCACUUGUGGAGAAUAGUCUGCAACUUGUACUCUGGGGCUCAUCUACUAAAUUGCAAUUGACCGAGUAUGGCAAGCCUGCGGAUUAUGCAGAUACCCCAAUACCUAGCAAACCCUUGGAUUGGGCAGUUGCUGAUGCACCACUUAACAAAAUUGGAAUGCCCUUCUACCGCGAAACACUCUUCUCGGCUUGGUCAUACAACAUGAUACACGAAGUUGGGCUGCCCGCUCCGCGCAUUGAUUCUAAAGACCAACAUGGCAAGUUCGUCGUGAAUCCUCGCAAAACGCGUCGUUAUGAAUUCGACAACACCCGGACAUUACCAAAAUCAAGCGAUCCUAUGGCAGCGCCAAAGUUUCUCAGUGAAAAGCCCCGCGACGAUGAGAGCGGUCCCGAUGCUGACCGUCGGCCGAGUGAAGACAUUGGAAAGGCACUGAAGACUUUGAGUCUGGAUGGCAGCACGAACUCUGAUGUAAAAUUUCUGUACAGGAUCGUGGAGAUCAGAUAUAGCAAGUUUGGCGUUGAAGACUUUGAUUUUCGUUAUUACAAUAGGACGAAAUACGCCGGCCUGGAAACCCACAUUGUCAACUCGUACGCCAAUCCACUGCUGCAAAUUUUAAGAUUCACGCCGACAGCACGCAAUCUGGCUCUUCACCACACUGCGCGAGACUGUCGAGCUGACGAUUGCUUGUUCUGUGAGCUCGGAUUCCUGGUUGACAUGCUAGAGAAGGCCAGGAGUCCAAACUGUCAAGCAACCAAUUUUCUUCGAGCGCUGAGUCAUCAGCGCGAUGCACAAGCGCAUCGCAUUCUUGAGGAACACUUCAACAGUGCUGGUAGUCUUGGUACGAUGAUACAGGCUUUGAACCGGUUUCUCUACCUUCGGCUAGAGGAAAAUUUCAAGUACGUGUCCAGCACGCUGGACAAUUAUCACUUGGCAUUCGGUACCAUAGGAGUUGAGCUCACGCGAUGUACACAUUGCAACUAUGAGUCCCAAUCGGAAAAGGUCUGGUACGCGCAUGAAUUGAUUUAUCCGCCUAAGCCCCCGAAGCAUUCCCCUCGGCCUAUGCCGACUUUCUUCUCGAAUGUGCUCAGCCAUUCUAUCAAGAGGAACAGUGCACAUCGCGGAUGGUGUUUGAGGUGCAAUGGUUACAAAGGCCUUGAGUCACGGCGCGCGAUUCACUGUCUGCCUGCAGUCCUGACUCUGAACGUAGCGGCGAACACUCCGGAGAACAAAUCUUUAUGGGCCACACCCGGAUUCUUGCCCAAGGAGAUUGGGGUCAUUGUCGAAGGCGGUCGCUCUUAUUGCUACGAAGGACAAGACUUGAAACAUCAUCUACAGCGCCGCCAACACAACAUGACGGUCUACGAACUCGUUGGGAUUGUAGUCGAAGUCAACCUGGGUGAUAAUGAGAAGUCUCAUCUAGUUGCUGCUAUCGACGUCAGUAUUACUGAUCCAGACAAAAGUUGCCAGAGCAGCUGGCAUCUCUUCAAUGACUUCUUGGUACACCCUAUCGCAGCAGAAGAAGCCCUUCACUUUAAUCCUCAGUGGAAACUGCCUUCCAUCAUCACCUAUCAAAUCAAGACCAUGUCGCAUGUGAUGGAUGACAGCUGGAAGUCAGCCAUUGACAGUCGAAUCUUGUACAGGAGUCCCAUUCAGCCGGCCUUGUCGCCGAAUUAUCAAUGCCGUGCGCUGUCGGAAAACGAACCUCUGCCCGGCCCAGAGUCGCAUUGCGCCAUUGAUGCCGAGUUCGUGCGUCUGCUUCGCGAAGAAAUCGAUGUGGGUGCUGAUGGCUCGCGCACAAUGACUCGACCUGCCCGGUCCGGACUUGCUCGAGUCUCUGUCCUACGCGGCGAUGGACUCGACCAGGAGCUACCAUUUAUCGACGACUAUAUUGCUAUAGACGAGCAUAUCGAUGACUACCUCACACAGUAUUCUGGGCUCAAGGACGGAGACCUCAGCAUUGCUCGCAGUCCUUACACACUCGUCCGGCUCAAAGAGGUCUACAAGAAGCUUUGGGUACUCUUGAAUCUCGGCUGUGCUUUCAUUGGACAUGGACUGUCAAGCGACUUCCGCAUUAUCAACAUUCACGUCCCAGAGGCUCAAGUUAUCGACACGCAAGAACUGUUCUCGCUCGGCAGUCGAGGACGACGUAAGCUUUCGCUACGCUUCCUAGCCUGGGCAGUGCUCAAAGAAGAUAUCCAACACAACGCCGAGUUGGGCCAUGACAGUAUCGAGGAUGCACGGACUGCUCUGAAACUUUGGAGAAAAUAUCUGGAGUAUCAGCACGCUGGCAUCCUGGAGACUAUUAUUGACGAGAUAUGGCUGAAGGGUCGUGCGUGCAAUUUUGUUGUCCCUGCGGAUCAUCAGCGAGAUAUCGGCAGCGCUCCAGGCACGCCAAAUCGCCAAUCUGUGAAUUUGGCGCGUAUGUCAACACCGAGGUCUGACUUCGCAAGUCCACUGCGUUGA